CACCUUCCCUUCCCUACUACCACAAAUCCCCCCCCCGAAGGAAAAUAAAAUCCUCAAAUCUGCAGCUUUAGGGUUCGGUUUUUAAUUCCAAUUCCCAAAUUCAGAUCUUAAUUGUUCAAAUCAGUUUAAAAAGGGCCAAAAUGUAUGGAUUCGAAGCUAUGACGUUCAACAUCCACGGCGGAUACUUGGAAGCCAUCGUGAGAGGUCACAGGGCCGGGCUCUUAACCGCCGCCGAUUACAACAAUCUUUGCCAAUGCGAAACCCUUGAUGAUAUCAAGAUGCAUCUCUCCGCCACCGAGUACGGCCCUUAUCUCCAAAACGAACCUUCACCUUUGCAUACGAUUACGAUUGUGGAGAAAUGCACUCUUAAACUUGUUGAUGAGUAUAAGCAUAUGUUAUGCCAAGCUACGGAGCCAUUGUCCACCUUCUUAGAGUAUAUCACAUAUGGUCACAUGAUAGACAAUGUUGUCCUGAUUGUUACUGGAACCUUGCAUGAGAGAGAUGUUCAAGAGCUUCUGGAGAAGUGCCAUCCUUUGGGCAUGUUUGACAGCAUUGCAACCCUGGCAGUUGCUCAGAACAUGCGUGAACUCUACAGAUUGGUUCUUGUUGACACUCCACUUGCUCCGUACUUCUCUGAGUGUAUUACCUCUGAGGAUCUUGAUGACAUGAACAUUGAAAUUAUGAGGAACACUCUCUACAAAGCAUACCUUGAAGACUUCUACAAAUUUUGCCAAAAACUUGGUGGUGCGACAGCAGAGAUCAUGUCUGACCUCCUUGCCUUCGAGGCUGACAGAAGGGCUGUGAAUAUUACCAUUAACAGCAUUGGCACUGAACUAACUCGUGAUGAUCGGAGGAAAUUAUACUCAAAUUUUGGUCUUCUUUAUCCCUAUGGCCAUGAGGAACUUGCUGUCUGUGAGGAUAUUGACCAGGUCCGUGCUGCUAUGGAAAAAUAUCCUCCCUACCAAUCAAUUUUCUCUAAACUAUCUUAUGGAGAGAGCCAGAUGCUUGACAAGGCAUUUUACGAGGAGGAAGUGAAAAGGCUUUGCUUAGCUUUUGAGCAACAGUUCCAUUAUGGGGUUUUCUUUGCAUAUAUGAGAUUAAGAGAACAGGAGACCAGGAACCUGAUGUGGAUCUCUGAAUGUGUGGCUCAAAACCAAAAGUCUAGGGUUCAUGACAGUGUUGUCUUUAUAUUUUAGAUGAUCCGAGAGCCGGUUAAGAAUAAUUAAUUGGAUGUGUUUUGCAUAAUCAGCUGUAAAUUUUCAUUCCUCAGUUUAUCACUGGAGUGGUUUAGCUUCAUUGUUUAACAUUUUGUGGUAAAGAAUGAACUCCAUAUUAUAUAAUAUGUUUUUUGGGGAUAAAAACGGUGAAUUCAGAUUGAUUAAAAUGUAUUAUUGUCUUGACUGAGGUUGUUUUCAAUAAUUUAAUGAUGAAAUUUCUAGAAAAUUUCAAGUUCUGG